AUGGAGGUCGUUGCUGCUGGCGUAUCGUGGGCGUUGGACAAGUCGGUGUCAGCUCAGAAGAUCCUAGGUCGCCUCAGUCUUGCCUCCUUAGUCGCGCAGAACAUCACGACUUCAUGGCCAGAGCUCUCACAGAAGCUAUCGUCUCGAGCAUCGAUCGUGUUUCCGAAUGAUCCAGACUUCGGCGGUUCUGUAAGCAGAUGGCGCGAGUGGCAUGCACCGGAGGUGGGCGCAGUUGUGAACGUGUUCACGGAGAACGACAUACAAGAAACGAUUCGUUAUGCGAAUGAGCACGGAAUGCCCUUCCUCGCCCGGUCUGGCGGACACGGUGCGACUGAAGCAUUGAACACCGCCAAGAAUGUGAUCAUGAUUGAUCUUCACGGCUGGGACGAAGUCAAGAUAGCCGAAGAUGGUAGAUCUGCGACGAUUGGCGGUGGAGCGAAGGUGAAGAAAGUUGUGGACCACCUUUGGGAAGCUGGCAAACAGACCGUUACCGGCAUCUGCGAGUGUGUCGGAAUGUCGGGACCGGUCUUGGGAGGUGGCCAUGGCUGGCUUCAGGGGCAAUACGGACUGGCGUCGGAUCAAGUCAUUUCAGCCCGGGUUGUCCUACCCAAUGGCGAAGCCGUGACUGCCUCAGAGGAAAGCAACCCGGAUCUUUUUUGGGCUCUUCGAGGAGCCGGACACAACUUCGCUAUCGUGGCUGAGUGGGAGUAUCGCAUUCAUGACGUGAAGAACAAGGAAUGGGGCUACCAGAUCUUCAUCUUCCUCAGUGAACAGCUGGAGGAGGUGUUAGAUUUGACGAACAAGAUGAUGAAGACGCAGCCCCCCGAGAUCAUCCAUUGGAUGUACUUCGUCAACAUCCCAGAGAUUGACCCGCAUCGGCCAAUCAUUUGGUACGCCAUCAUCAACGAUGGGCCUUCCGACGACACAUUGCAGUACGCCAAACCGCUCUAUGACAUUAGACACGUUGUCGUUGAUGCUGGAUCCGCGUCCCUGCCCGCUCUGGCGGGCAAGACCUUCAUGGACAACGACGGCCUCGGAUGCGCCAAGGGUAACACCGGUCUGAGGUACCCAAUCGGCCUGAAGGUGUAUGACUUGCCUGCAAUAAGAAAGGUGUUCGACGAUAUUGCCGAGAUUUCGAAUCGUAUCCCCGAGUUUGCCGGGUCCUUCUUCUUGUUGGAGGGAUACUCAACCCAUGCUGUUAAAGCAGUCAACGAGAAGGACUCCGCCUUUCCCCACCGCGAUGACGAGAUCUUGAUCACGCCGUACGUUAUGUACAAGCCAAAUGCUUCCCUGGAUGCGUUGGCUCAGGAACACGGGGAAAGGCUGAGGGGACACUUGCUCAAGGCUAGCGAUGAUCCUGAGAAGUUGCGGGCGUACGUGAAUUAUGCGCAUGGGGUUGAGUCUCUUGAAUCCAUGUAUGGAUGGGACGACUGGAGGUUGGAGAAGUUGAGAGGUCUGAAGCAAAAGUGGGAUCCUGAGAACCGGAUGAGGUUCUACAAUCCUAUUCUGUAA